UUUUGUGUCGCCUUCUCUUCUCAUCUCUCUCUACCCUGCUUUCUUUCACAGAUUUUGGAGAAAAAUGGAGACUUUUCUAUUCACAUCUGAAUCUGUGAACGAGGGUCACCCAGACAAGCUGUGUGAUCAGAUUUCUGAUGCAGUUCUUGAUGCUUGUCUUGAACAAGAUCCUGAUAGCAAAGUUGCUUGUGAAACUUGCAGCAAGACUAACAUGGUUAUGGUUUUUGGUGAAAUCACAACCAAGGCUAAUGUAGACUAUGAAAAGAUUGUUCGUAACACUUGUCGUAACAUCGGUUUUGUUUCUGAUGAUGUUGGUUUGGAUGCUGAUAAUUGUAAAGUUUUAGUUUGCAUUGAACAACAGAGCCCUGAUAUCGCUCAGGGUGUCCACGGUCAUCUCACCAAACGUCCUGAGGAAAUCGGUGCUGGUGACCAAGGUCAUAUGUUUGGUUAUGCAACUGACGAGACACCUGAGCUUAUGCCUCUCAGUCAUGUUCUUGCUACCAAGCUUGGUGCUCGUCUUACUGAGGUUCGCAAGAAUGGAACUUGCCCAUGGUUGAGACCUGAUGGGAAGACCCAAGUCACUGUUGAGUAUUACAAUGACAAGGGUGCAAUGGUUCCAGUUCGUGUGCACACAGUUUUGAUCUCUACACAGCAUGAUGAAACUGUUACUAAUGACGAAAUUGCUGCUGAUUUGAAAGAGCAUGUUAUUAAGCCUGUUAUCCCGGAGAAGUACCUCGAUGAGAAGACCAUCUUCCAUCUUAAUCCUUCAGGUCGUUUUGUUAUUGGUGGGCCUCAUGGUGAUGCUGGUCUAACUGGCCGUAAGAUCAUUAUUGAUACCUAUGGUGGUUGGGGAGCUCAUGGUGGUGGUGCAUUCUCUGGGAAGGAUCCAACCAAGGUGGACAGAAGUGGAGCUUACAUUGUCAGGCAGGCAGCUAAGAGUAUUGUUGCCAGUGGACUUGCUCGCCGGUGCAUUGUCCAGGUCUCAUAUGCCAUCGGUGUACCUGAACCCCUUUCCGUCUUUGUCGACACAUAUGGAACUGGAAAGAUUCCAGACAAGGAGAUUCUCAAGAUUGUCAAGGAGAACUUUGAUUUCAGGCCUGGUAUGAUUGCCAUUAACCUGGAUCUGAAGAGGGGUGGCAACAGCAGGUUUUUGAAGACUGCCGCAUACGGGCAUUUUGGAAGGGAGGACCCUGACUUCACAUGGGAGGUUGUGAAGCCCCUCAAGUGGGAGAAACCCCAAGAGUAAAAAAGUGUGCAUUUCAAUACUUUGAGGUGGUCAAUAAUAUGCCAUGCUUAUUCACUGCACUUGCAGCUUAACUGAAGAGUUUGCUAUAUUGUUUUGGUGUCAUUGUGUUAUUUUUUGUUUGUAAUUUUUUUAUUUUAAAAUUGUUUUUUCUUUUAUAUGCCUGUGCCAUAUGUAUACAAAAAAGAUAUAUGUGGUCAAUGAAAAAUUUAGAGAGAGCUGCCUUGAUUGAUACCCAUAUGAGAUUGAUAGGAAAUGUAAUAGGGAGCUAGAAAGGUUCAGUUCUGCAGCAGUAUUGAUGUUAUUAUUAUUAAUGCAUUUCUUUGUUGACAAUGUAAUAAUAAUAUGAUUAUUGAUAUACA